CUCCACAAUGUGACUGUAAAGACAAGCAAUGAACAGCUACUUUCUCAAAACUAUCCUGAGACAGAUCAGGACGAAAACAAGGAUGAUAACUCACACAGAAAAAAGUCAGAUGAAGUCGUAGCAGGACUGAGAGUUCAAAAUUCCAAGACAGUACAUUUAUGUAGUACCUGUGGGAAAAAAUUUAAUAGCAUGGGAAACUUGAAACAACACAUGCAAAUUCACACAGGCGAGAAGCCGCAUUCUUGUAGCGCCUAUGGGAAAAAAUUUACUCUAAAAACACAUUUAAAUGAACACAUGAGAAUUCACACAGAUGAUAAGCCUCAUUCUUGUAGCACCUGUGGUAAAACAUUUGGUUCAAAGUCGCACUUAAAUAGACACAUGCAAAUUCACACAGGUGAAAAGCCAUUUUUCUGUAGCAUCUGUGGGAAAAGAUUUAGUUCAGCAACAAAUUUGAGAACCCACAUAAGAAUUCAUACAGGUGAAAAACCAUAUUCCUGUAGCACCUGUGGGUAAAGAUUUGGUGUAGCAGCAAAUUUGAGAGCCCACAUAAGAAUUCAUACAGGUGAAAAACCAUAUUCCUGUAGCACUUGUGGGAAAGGAUUUAAUCACAAGACAUCUUUAAAAAUACACAUGGAAUUGCAUACAGGGGAAAGGCAAUAUUCCUGUAGCAGCUGUGGGAAACGAUUUAGUGUGGCAGCAGCUUUGAGAAGUCGCAUAAAAAUUCAUACAGGUGAGAAACCAUAUUCCUGUAGCACUUGUGGGAAACGAUUUAGUGUGGCAGGAGCUUUGAGAACUCGCAUCAGAAUUCAUACAAGUGAGAAGCCAUAUUCCUGUAGCACAUGCGGGAAAGGAUUUAAUCAUAAAGCAUCUUUUAAAAUACACAUGGAAUUACAUACAGGUGAAAAAAGAUAUUCCUGUAGCACCUGUGGGAAACAAUUUAGUGUGGCAACAACUUUGAGAAGUCACAUAACAAUUCAUACAGGUAAAAAAACACAUCGUUGUAGCACAUGUGGCAAAAGUUUUUAGUUGUCUCAAGUACUGGAGAGCCCACAUCAGAGCCAACGCAGGUGAGAAACCACAUUGCUGCAGUACAUGUGGGAAAAGUGUUAGUUCCCUCACAAACUUGAAAAUUCACGAGAGUCCGGUGAGAAGCCGUAUUGUUGUGGUGCCUGUGGAAAUGGUUUUACCCAUAUGUCAAGUUUGAAAAGACACAUGGGAGGCCACACAGAUGAAAAGCCACAUUGUUGCAGUGUCUGUGGGAAAAAAUUCACUUCUUCGGUACAGUUGAAAAGGCAUAUAGGAAAACAUGCUACAUGCUAAGUUUCAUUUUUACAAAAUGUUGGUGGCAGAGCUUAUGUGUCUCUGACUACAUUAACAGGUACAUUUGGUAAAUGUAGCUUUUUCUGACUGUUUUGGCUCUUUAACCAAUAUAAACAGUGUUUGGAUCACUGAAUACUAAGGGUUUUUUUUAUUUUUAAAAAUCCUUCUAGGAAGGCUGAAGACUUUUGAAAGCUCAGUUUCUGUGUUUCCAUAUGGACAAGAAAAACAGAGUUUGUCUCACAACUUUAAAGGUGUGCACCUUUACCACCUUUAU